GUAAGAAUGAUUUAUAUAUGAUUUCAUUUUUCCCCUUGGCUAUCUUAAAUAAUAGUCUAUCGUCUCUCCUUUACACUACGUGAAGCUUUCAGGGCAAGCGAUAACACCUGAUCAGCUCAUUUAUACUCGGGGUGCUCCGUCUCCGCAUCAAUUCUCCGACGCCACUCCCCGUUCUCUCCAUUCCACCAACAACCAUUGUCGUCACCAUGGUCGCCUCGAAUAUCCCCCCUCUCCAGUAUACUCCUGUCGAGGAUAUUCCAGGUCGCGUGUCUACCCUGCGCAAGACUUUUCUGGAACACAAGACUCGUGACCUUGAGUUUCGACUGGUCCAGCUCCGGAAGCUCUACUGGGCCGUAAAGGAUCAUGAGCAAGAGAUCGCCGAUGCUUCAGCUUUGGAUUUGGGUAAACCUCGCUUCGAAACCGAGGUCGCUGAGAGUGGAUGGCUGCAGAAUGACCUCGUGUUCGUGACUCGAAACUUGCACAAAUGGGCCAAGGAUGAAAAAGCCGAAGAUAUUGAUCUAUCCUUCAAGUUUAUGAAUCCUAAGAUUCGCAAGGAUCCAUUGGGUUGUGUUCUGGUUAUUGGAGCUUUCAACUAUCCCUUCCAGUUGACACUCGGUCCCGUCAUCGGCGCUAUCGCAGCCGGUAAUACUGUUGUGAUUAAGCCUAGUGAGAAUGCGCCCAACUCUGCGGUUGUUAUCCAGCGAAUCAUUGAGGCAGCCCUUGAUCCGUCCUGCUAUACUGUUAUUCAAGGAGGUAUCCCGGAGACCCAAGCUUUGCUCGCCGAGCGAUGGGACAAGAUCUUCUUCACUGGUGGUGCCACCGUGGGCCGUAUCAUCGCCAAGGCAGCUGCUCCUCAUUUGACCCCCGUCGUGCUGGAGCUGGGUGGCAUCAACCCGGCCAUCAUCACUAAGAGCGCCAACCCGAGACUUGUUGCGCGGAGACUUCUGUGGGGUAAACUGAUGAAUUCUGGCCAGAUCUGUACCUCCCAAAACUACCUGCUAGUUGAUAAGGACCUUGUACCUGCCGUGAUUGAAGAAUUCAAGAAAGCCUAUAAUGAAUUCUAUCCUCAAGGUGCCAAGGCAUCGCCAGACUAUUCUCGCAUCAUCAAUGAAGGUGCAUUCCGUCGCAUCAAGUCAAUGCUCGACAAUACCAAGGGCAAGAUUUUGAUGGGAGGUACAAUGGACGAAAAGGAGCUCUUCAUUGAGCCAACCUUGGUUCUGGUGGACUCAGUUGAUGAUUCGAUGCUGACACAGGAAAGCUUCGGUCCUUUGAUUCCUAUCUUGCCCGUGGACAACCUCGAACAGGCAGUCAACAUUGCCAAUGGAAUCCAGGCCACUCCUCUGGGUCUUUACCCGUUCGGCUCUAAGGCAGAUACUGAAAAGAUUCUUUCUUCUACUCGCUCUGGUGGUGUCUCCGUCAACGAUGCUGCUUUGCACAUCCCUACCCUCCCAUUCGGUGGUGUCGGUGAGAGUGGCCACGGCGCCUACCGUGGCAAGGCCAGUUUCGACGUCUUCGUUCACCGUCGUCCCAUUACUAGCACACCCAGCUGGCUCGAAUCCAUCCUCUCAAUCCGCUAUCCGCCAUACGCGGGUAAGCUGAGCAAGUUCAAGGCAGCCAGCACUCUCGCACCCGAUUUCGAUCGCAGCGGAAACAAGAUCCGAUUCGGCUGGCUGCGUUACAUCCUCACUCUCGGCGGAGGCUCUGCGAAGGCUGGUGCUGGCAGAGCUGUCGUUGUCGCUGCUGACAGAGAAUGAACUCGACUGAUACCCUAACUCCCUUUUUGCGGCUUUUUUGAGAGGCUUACUAGUCGCCGCUUUCCUUCCAUUCCUUCCCACCGUUUCUUUUGUCUUAAUUUCCCUGCGAUAUUCUUUCCCUUCUGAGAUACCAUUUUGUUCAAUCUACACCCAUCUACUCUAUUGAUCUAAUACCCCAUUUAUGAUGAACUUACUCACAAUAUGUUUUUGGUUAGUGGCCUAUCUCGUGCUUCAGGUUCUUGAACGCCGUGCUUCGAAGCUUUAAUGUGACCUAAUAUUUUCGAUUCGGAUAUGUAAUAUUUUGGUUCGGUAGCGUUGUCAUUUCUUUGAAAGUGUAUUGUUGUACAAACGAGGUUUAUUCAGAAUCUUCGAGCUAGCUGGCUAGGUAGUGUUAACCUACGAACUGCUUUCACUUUCAUCUUGAGU